AUGCUACCGCAUGGAUUGACACUACUUGCUCAGAAUCGUCUCCCUGCAUGCUCCGAGUGCGCAAGGUGGAAGCUGCACUGCGUUUAUGCGACUCCUCGGACGGCAGAUCUGCCGAUGCAGGACACUGAGAGUCUCGGACAGCUGCCACGCAACAGCGACCCUAUGCAGUCUAUGGUUCAGUAUAGCUUACUGGAUGGCGUGAAUAUCGACCUGGACUCGCCUCCGUCGCUUUUUGGAAGUCUGACGCCUUGUUCGGGCCAGCUCGACCCAUCGAUCUUAUCCAUGUCGCUGACGCCGCCAUCGACAACAUCGCUGCCCGAAAGUUUGCCGUCGUUCACUCAGGUGAUGGAAAUUGUUCAGCUCUUUUUCCAGCAUAAUCACAAGCUACUCCCGUGCAUUCAUCAGGAGUCUUUUGUUAAUAUUUUAAUCGAUAUCCAAGCCGCAGCGGACACUCCCUUGUUGUGGAGCAUUCUUGCUGUGGUGGGCCAGACGAGCAAGGGAAUGCAAUAUCCUCAUGAAAAAUGGCAUGACGUUGCAAUUCGUUUGUACGAGCAGAGUGUCAGGUCUAAUGGCCCUGUCUUGCGCGAUGCUCAAGCUGCAGUAUGGAAUGCGUGCUAUGACUAUAUCCAAGGUGAUCUGCUACAGGCUACCAGUCGCCUCGCUCAGGGCUUCUCUGUCGCCUGUAUGCAUGGCUUGAACCGCAUUGAUGACGAUUACAAGCCACUGCACCUCAUUCUUCCGCUCAACAGCGCCGUGGAAGAAGAAGAGUGUCGGUGGACGAUGUGGGCAUUUUACCUCCUGGAUCGGCAGGUAAACUAUCUGCAUGGAGUGCAUUUUGCGGUGAACGAUCGGAUUUUCAUGGUCGAGUAUCCAUGUAGCUCGUUGUCUGAAAGUUCCGAGCGGAUUGGUCAAUACCCAAGAUCAAAUCGACAGAUCUUUACGCGAGAUCUGGCGUCUCUUAGCUACCCGCCCCUGGCCGAUCAGCCCUUUGAAUUAUCAAUCCAUCAAUUCACGCAGAAGGCGUUUGUUCUUUUGGGGCGAAUUGUCGAGUAUCAGAAUAUGGUUACUCCGGAUACCGACCACCAACAACGAGCAGACGAGUUCCUGCAGCUCAAAGCGGCACUAGUCAAGACUUGGGUCACAGUAACACAUAGUCUUUCGAUGAAUGCUGUAGGCACAGAUUCAUUUGCCAUAACUCGACUGCACGUUACGCUACAUACCUGCUCCGUGAUUCUAGACUAUCCGACCUCUGCUUGUGCCAAAAAUGUAAAAGUGUCAAGUAUAUUUGUCCGCGGAGCCGGUGGCGUUACUUUCUUGCGCGCAUUCAAGGCCAUUCAGUCGAUGAUAGAUGUUAUUAAGGAAAGAGCUACGGCAGCUGAAUCGCCAUUUAUGGGUUCAUUUCUGGCACCAUCUUAUUUCUUAGCCUGCCGAUUUCUGAGUGCUCGCUGGCGACAUUCACAGGAGGAGGUUCAUCGGCGCAGUCUCUUCCUGCUCAUGGGUCUGUUAGAACAGCUCUCGGACAGCGGUGUGGUCUUUGCACAACGGCUGCGAGAUAUGGUGUUUUUUGAUUUGCAGUCUGGUGAUAUUGAUAACAUCAAUUUGGUGCAUGGCAGUUGGAAUCAGAAGUGA